AUGUGGUGGUUCUUUCGCAUCCUGUUCAGCUUCGUCUUCCUGCUCACCGUCGUUCUCUCGAUACCGAUCUCCUUCGAUGUGGGCGGUCGCGACAGUGGGCUGGCCUACAGCCUGUCGCUGUUCACCUUCUACCUAGUCUACAGCGCUUUCAGAUUAGCCACACCCGACACCUCGCGCGUCCGGUGGACCAUCACGAGGCUUGUUCAGUCCGCACAGUGGGUCGUCAUUCCCGCCCUCUUGAUAUGGUCGUUACAUCGCUUCGCCGUGGAUGCGAACAGCUCAGACUGGGUAUCGAGGACAGUGGCUGGCUUUACAGGGCAGAAACACAAUACCUGGACCGAUUACUUCUUCGGCGAUGGAGGUCUGGUUGAGAGCAUGACACUCGGCGGCUGGGACAAGACCCUGCGGUACUCGAGCCCAGUGUUCCAGCUGUUGGAAGGCUUCUGUACCUUGUUGGUCAUACAAGCAGCUGGGCAGAUCACGAAAUGGCUCGUCAACAGAGGGCGUAGUGACACAUGGGUGCUUAUUCUACUCAUCUUCUCCGCCUCCGUCAUUGCAAGUGCCAUAUACUUCUUGUGGCGCGUUGCACUCUUCCCUUCAAUCAGCAAUGUUGACGCAACACUCAUUGGCGUCACGGUGACAUCAGCUGUCUUCCUGUGUGCGAUCGGAAUUGGAUCAGGAAGAGGCAAUCCGGUCGAAUCCUCACUCCUCUUUGCAUACGUCGUGCUCUGCAUAUAUCAGAUCUUCACCGAUUACGUCCAGUCGCCAGAAGCGACCGCGGCCGCCGCAGAGCAAGCCUCAAGUCAGCCCGAUUUUCCGCCUUUGCCCCCAAUCAUCAUGGCUAGCUAUUCGACAGUAUUGCAUCUGUUGGGGUCGCUGCCGUCGGCCGUCUAUUCCUCACUCAGCUUCCUCCAUGCUGCAUUCCAGACCAUAGCGCCUUCCGUCAUGAUUUCUCUCACCUACCGUAUUAUUGUCUUCUACUGUGCAGUGCGCAUUAUACCAGCAGUGAGAGAGUCUGGGGCUAGAGCACUUCUCGAAGAACCCUCGCUAGAUGACUCGGACAGCGCCAACCGCAUACUUGGCUUCCUGUCUUGGUUUUCUCCAUCCAUCUUGAUUGCUGUAUAUACCAGCCUCUUGCUGCAGCAUUUCUCCACAAACGGCGAGGAAGGCUGGACUAUGCGCGAUGGAGACGCAGGUGGGAACGCCUGGCGAUGGUUCAAUGUGGCCAUGACCAUGGGCUUGUACACCAUUGAGCUUUAUCUUGGCAACGACGACGCAGACAGUGGAAUGACGCAUUGGAAGGUCGAUUGA